AUGUCAUCUUGUGAUGACAGCUCAUCAACGAGACACAAUAAUGCAAGUUCGCCUGAAAAUUCACCUAAAAUUGUGUUAGUAAGGCCAAAACGGCUAAAACGAAAGUUGUUUUGUGAAGUUUGUAAUGGAGAGACGUUGUCGAGACAUCUUGAUGCGCAGGUAUAGAAUAUUUUUAAUCAAAAAAUAAAAAGUGAUAGGGAUACGUGGUACGUAAAAUAGGAUUAAAGAGGUAGGGUAAGGUAGAGAUAUGUUAGUUGUAAGAUAGGGUAAGUAUGAUAGGGUAUGGUACAAAUUUUUAAUUUUUUAGGUCUGCCGUGCCUGUGCUGCAUUUUACAAACGUUCUGUGAUAGAGAAGUUGAUCUUUCAAUGUGCAAACAAUAGCAGCUGUAAAAUGGAGUUUGGUAAGUUACAAAAUUUAGUUUUAACCUUUAAUUUUAGGUAAUUUAAGGCACUGUUGUCGAGCUUGUCGAUUUGAGAAAUGCAAGACUGUUGGUGCUUAUUAUUCAUGUAAGUAUUAUGAUAUGUUAGGAAAAGGUAUAUGCAAAGCCAAGUGGAAUUUUUUAAAAUUUUGAGUUUAAUGCAAAAGACUAAGCAGGUUAAAAAUUGUAAUAAAAAUUCGGGGGUAGAACACUUAAAAAUUUUUUAUAAAUAAAAAUUUUAAAAUUGUUGAUAUUGCAGUAAACGCGCAACCAAAAACUAAAAUAGAGGUAGCAGCAAAGCUGGGAAUAGAAUCAACAGUACUGCCCAACAGGUUGUUGAAAUUAGCCGAAGGAUACGAAUACUUCUUGGCAAAUCAACAUAAACUAUUGGUAGAAGAACGUGGUGAUGUGAGUAGUUUUUGCUUGUAGAAUACAAACCUUUUAAGCUUUUUAAUGAUAGGGUAGGGUAAAAUUUGCAAUUUUUUGGCCGGGUAGAAUAACGCAGGACAAAAUAGUGGAGGGUAGAGUAGGGUAGGUUUAGAUACAUUUCACAGUCUACAGUAUGAGGCAAAUAGAACAAAAUAACUUACAAGCGGACGGGGGGAGGGACAACAGUAAGUUGGGUCGAGCCAGAAAAUUUGGCCAUAAGCAAUAUACAGCAAAAGAUGACAGGUUUAAAAGGUUGCAUAGUGUACUUCAAGGCAGUUAGACAAGUUAUAAGAGGGGUAGGGUAGUGGUGUAGGGUAGGGUAGGGUAGGGUAGGGUAGGGUAGGGUAGGGUAGGGUAGGGUAGGGUAGGGUAGGGUAGGGUAGGGUAGGGUAGGGUAGGGUACGGUAAAAUUUGCAAUUUUUUUAUUUUUAGUGCAGCCCAACCAAAAUCCGAGUCCAGCGUAAAAAGGCACAGGAUCUGGAAAUCAAAAGUCUACCCUUUAUGAUAAGGAUGAUCAACGACUUCUUCGGCCCAGUCAACGCUCUACCAUGCAAAUCUAAAGUAUUUUGUGUCAUUUUGAAUUGAUUUUUAUGUUUAGAUCAAGUUGUUAAAUGCGGCUCACUCCGACUUGAUGCUUCUACGUCAAUAUGCAUUAACAUUAGACCAGUUCCCGGAAUGUGGAGAUACUAGGUGCAUGUUAACGACCGGUUACUACGCGGAUUCUAUUGAUCUUGAUUAUGAAUGGUUUUUGGAUGGAUUUUUUAAAAAGGACAAUUUAAAAAUGUAUCUGGAGGUUAGCCUUCCGUAUCUGCACAAGACCAUGGAUAUUAUGAAUGAGUUUCGGAGGCACAAAACUAAUCGAACUGAUUUUGUGGUUUUAAUGUUGUUGGCUCUUUAUAAACAUGGUAAAGCAAAGCUUAUACAAGGGCCCAAGAUUACUAAAUCUUCUUGUGUCAUUUACUUACUUACUUUCUUUCAUCUUGAUCUAGCUUUAUCUUGGCUUUAACUACUAUACCCGAGCUUUACAUUAACUUUAUCCUUGCCUGAUCUUAGCUCUACCUUACGAUCCUCGAGCGUUGCUCUGCUUUGUCUUUAUCUGGCUUUGCCGCUACUCCACUGUAUCAGAGCUUCACUCUAAUCUUAACCUAUGUAACUUUUAUCUUACCCUAAGAAUCUUAAAGUAAGAUACAGAUAGAGUUCUGCCGUGGCUAAGAGUUCUGUCUUUCUCUAUUGCCAUACCUUGUUCUUUUAGCUUUCGUUUGUCGCAUUCUAGGCUUCUCUACCUCUACCUUUUAUUUUUGUUUCUGGCUUUGCCUUCUUCUACUUUUAAUUGUACUUUUUAUAUACAUAAAAAUGAAUGACAUUUUCAGCGGACGCUUUAAACUUAUCGACGGAAGAAAUGAGGAUAUACAAAGACGAGGUCCUAAACGAGUGGUCUUACAGUUAUUUUGAAAAACAUGGCCAAACAAAAAUGACUAAUCAUUUGGUUCAAAUCAUGAAACUUUAUGUCGAAGUUGAUGUAAGCUUUUUUUUAAAUUAAGUUUUUAAAAUUUUUAAGAUUUUUAAAAUUUUGAAGUUUAAACUUUUCUUAAAAUUGUAGGGUUGGCUUUUUACUGUUCAUUUUUUUUCAGGAAUACGUGAUAAAAAUAAAAAACGCAGCGUGUGCUAUGAGAGCAAUGGACAUAGCGACAGAACAAACAAAAGAGUUAGAUGUUCAAGGGUACAUUAACAAAUUACACAAAUCAAACGUGCGAAACGAGUUUAAAAUUAAAAAUUGAAAAUACAAAUCUUGUUUUUAUAGCGUGUUUAG